UAUUUGGAGUGGAACCUCUCAUCCCAACCACAUCUCCCGUCAUUUGAUCCCAACCACAUCCCAUCGGGCCUGCACCUAUCUUCGACUACUUCAAUAUGAAAUUCAAACCCCAACAUCCACCACCACCACCACCACCACGCCUUCACUCCUCAGCCAGCCUGCCACCUCCUCGCUUCCCGUCGUCUCGCCACACAAAUCCCUCGCCCAUGUCUCGACCUCCCCUACUUGAGGAUCUGCCCGAGAACGAGCCAUGGCCACCGGUUCCGCCCGACGCGGAUUUUGGUACGUUGGACGUUGAAACGCCCGAGCUUGCGGUCACUGCAAACAGCAUGAUCUACCGUCUUAAAGGGCAGCCCUCCAAGAUCUUCAAGCUCCAUGGCGAAUUCCGAGAAUACCAGCUUCAAAAGGCCGCCGGGGACUGCGCCAUUCCAGUCCAUGGGAAAGUGACCAGCAAGCCGAAAAUCGGAAACGGCAAGCUCCAAUUCUACGGCUUCAUCAUGGAUCUCGCGACUCCUAUUUCAACACCCGGGACCGUGGCGCCGUCGCAACGCCGUACCAUCAUGCACCAGAUGAUUCGUAUCGUUGAGCGGCUGCACUCCAAACGCAUCAUUCACGGCGAUGUCAAGCUGGAGAAUAUGCUCCUCGAUCACCAUGGUCAGGUUCGGCUUUGUGACCUCGGCGAGGGGCGGUAUAUCGCCGAGGAUGAGCGUCUCUGGAAUGGAUCUUCGACCAAGCAUUUCGAGUCGCCGAAUAGGCUGCAACGGGCAAGACAAACUGGACGCGAUCCACCGCCGCCUACCAUAGAGGAUGACAUGUACGGCCUUGGCCUGAGCAUCUGGCAGCUGCAUACCGGGGGGAUCCCGCAUGGGGAUAUCGCCGGUGACACCUUGGAGCUCGAGGGAAGACAGGAGAAGAGACAAACAGUCAGCGUCGCUGCCGUGCAGGAUCCGGAGGCCUGUGAGAUUAUCACAAGCCUUCUUCGUAGGGGAGGAGCUCAAGUUUAGUGCAAUGUAUGGUGUUGGUGGUUCUUUGUGUAGCAGUAUUAAGUCGUUAUACACCGGGAAUGGAACAUUUGCUUUGCUACCUACCUACUUGACACGUCAUGUGCUGCUAUUCUAGCACCAGACGUGUCCUGAGUCAUGUUGGCUUCAAUCCCUAGUACCUAGGUAGCAAAUUGAACUUACC